AUUUUUUUGACAAAUGGCCACAAUAGAUGGACGACCGACGCAAUAUGGGAUAUCUCUUAAACAGUUACGGGAGCUUAUGGAGCAUCGUGGCAGGGAAGGCGUAGUAAAACUUAGCGAAGUUGGCGGUAUCAAUAAAUUGUGUGACAAAUUGUAUACAUCCACAAACGAUGGCUUGAGAGGAUCAAGGUCUGAUAUUGACCAUAGGCGCGAAACGUUUGGUUCAAAUGUUAUCCCACCGAAACCACCAAAAACUUUUUUAACAUUAGUUUGGGAAGCGCUACAGGAUGUGACACUUAUUAUUUUAGAAGUAGCUGCUUUAGUUUCACUUGGAUUAUCCUUUUACAAACCCGCCGAUGAGGAUGCACCCGUACUACAAGAAGAGGAGGAUCAUCACGGUUGGAUUGAAGGUCUAGCAAUAUUGAUAUCGGUCAUUGUUGUAGUAUUUGUGACAGCGUUCAAUGAUUAUUCGAAAGAGCGCCAAUUUCGGGGACUGCAAAAUCGUAUUGAGGGUGAGCAUAAAUUUUCGGUUAUCCGCGGAGGAGAGGUGUGCCAAAUAUCUGUUGGUGAUAUCGUUGUCGGCGAUAUUGCGCAGAUAAAGUACGGCGACUUGUUGCCAGCCGACGGUAUACUUAUACAAAGUAACGAUUUAAAGGUCGAUGAAUCUUCUUUAACGGGUGAAUCAGAUCACGUUAAGAAAGGUGUAGACGUAGAUCCCAUGGUUCUUUCGGGUACACACGUUAUGGAAGGUAGCGGGAAAAUGGUGGUGACUGCUGUGGGUGUAAAUUCUCAAGCAGGUAUAAUAUUUACGCUAUUGGGUGCUGCUGUUGAUGAACAAGAAGCUGAGCUGAAGAAGCGGAAAAAAGAAGCUAAAAAGGCGAAAAAGCAAAACAAGAGCUUAACAGGUGUUGAUGAUGGUCGGGCGCCCAUGAAAAACAUGUCCCCACCACCAACAGACGGUGUAAAAUCUGAAUCCGAUGGUAAUCACGUUCAACAAGCUUCAUCCCCAGCUGAAGCUAGUCAUAAAAAGGAAAAGUCUGUUCUGCAAGCGAAAUUGACAAAGUUGGCUAUACAAAUUGGUUAUGCCGGUUCUACAAUAGCUGUAUUAACUGUUAUUAUACUAGUCAUCCAGUUCUGCAUAAAGACUUUUGUUAUUGAAGAAAAACAGUGGAAAAAUACUUAUGCAAACAAUUUGGUUAAGCACUUGAUUAUUGGCGUCACCGUAUUAGUAGUAGCAGUUCCAGAAGGUUUGCCAUUAGCUGUUACACUGUCGUUAGCAUAUUCCGUGAAGAAAAUGAUGAAAGACAACAACUUAGUGAGACAUUUAGAUGCUUGUGAAACCAUGGGUAACGCCACUGCCAUUUGCUCGGACAAGACUGGUACUCUUACAACAAAUCGAAUGACUGUCGUUCAAUCUUAUAUAUGUGAAAAAUUGUGUAAAGUUCUUCCCACUUUGAACGAUAUACCGCAACAUGUGGGCAAUUUGAUAACAAUGGGUAUUUCUGUGAAUUCAGCUUACACAUCCAAUAUCAUGUCUGGUCAAAAUCCUGGAGAUCUACCAAUACAGGUAGGCAAUAAAACUGAGUGUGCUUUGUUAGGAUUCGUUCAAGGUUUAGGAGUUAAAUAUCAGUCGAUUCGUGACGAAAUUACUGAAGAUAAGUUUACACGAGUAUAUACAUUUAAUUCCGUUCGCAAAAGUAUGGGCACAGUCAUUCCUUGUCCAAAUGGUGGAUAUCGUCUAUUUUCAAAAGGAGCUUCUGAAAUUAUGCUUAAAAAGUGUUCUUUUAUUUAUGGCCACGACGGAGUUUUGGAAAAAUUCACUCGCGACAUGCAAGAGCGACUCAUACGAGAAGUCAUUGAGCCGAUGGCUUGUGAUGGCCUUCGUACUAUUUCCGUUGCUUAUCGUGAUUUUGUACCUGGCAAAGCAGCUAUAAACGAAGUUCAUAUUGAUGGCGAACCAAACUGGGAUGACGAAGAGAAUAUUAUGACUAAUUUGACAUGCUUAUGUGUUGUAGGAAUUGAAGAUCCCGUCCGUCCCGAAGUUCCUGAUGCUAUACGGAAGUGUCAGAGAGCUGGCAUAACUGUCCGUAUGGUUACCGGUGAUAACAUUAACACUGCACGAUCAAUCGCUUCUAAAUGUGGUAUAUUGCGACCAAACGACGAUUUCCUCAUUUUAGAAGGCAAAGAAUUCAACCGUCGAAUUAGGGACAGUAAUGGAGACGUUCAACAACAUUUACUUGAUAAAGUGUGGCCCAAGCUUCGAGUGUUAGCGCGUUCAUCACCAACAGAUAAAUACACCCUUGUUAAAGGUAUUAUUGACAGCAAAGUAAGCGAAAACCGUGAAGUCGUCGCUGUGACUGGUGAUGGAACUAAUGAUGGUCCGGCAUUGAAGAAGGCUGAUGUAGGCUUUGCAAUGGGGAUUGCUGGCACGGAUGUGGCAAAGGAAGCUUCUGAUAUUAUAUUAACAGAUGAUAAUUUCAGCAGUAUUGUGAAGGCAGUAAUGUGGGGGCGGAAUGUGUACGAUUCAAUCGCUAAAUUUUUGCAAUUUCAAUUGACAGUGAAUGUCGUUGCCGUUAUUGUUGCAUUUAUUGGCGCAUGCGCAGUCCAAGAUUCACCACUAAAGGCUGUUCAAAUGUUGUGGGUAAAUCUUAUUAUGGAUACUCUUGCAUCGUUGGCCUUAGCAACUGAACUUCCAACACCAGAUUUGCUUUUACGUAAACCGUACGGACGUACUAAACCUUUGAUAUCACGCACAAUGAUGAAAAAUAUUUUGGGACAAGCUUUGUAUCAGCUAUUUAUUAUAUUCGGGCUAUUGUUUGUGGGAGAUUGGAUACUUGAUAUUGAAUCCGGGCGUGGCCAAGACCUUGGUGCUGGACCUACACAACAUUUCACUAUAAUUUUUAAUACAUUCGUAAUGAUGACAUUGUUCAAUGAGAUAAAUGCAAGAAAAAUACAUGGACAGAGAAAUGUAGUAGAAGGUUUAUUCACUAAUCCCAUAUUUUAUACAAUAUGGAUUUUCACAAUGAUUUCUCAGGUUGUUAUUAUACAAUAUGGUAAAAUGGCAUUCUCCACUAAGGCACUAUCUCUUGAUCAGUGGUUAUGGUGCAUAUUUUUUGGCAUUGGUACGUUAGUAUGGGGACAAUUAAUCACUUCAGUGCCUACAAGAAAAUUGCCUAAAAUUUUAUCAUGGGGUCGUGGACAUCCUGAAGAAUAUACUGAUGCUAUGCAUUUGGGAGAAGAGCGCUUUGAUUCCAUUGACUCAGAUAAGAAACCCCGUGCUGGUCAAAUACUAUGGAUUCGAGGACUGACUCGUUUACAAACUCAAAUAUCAGUACCGUUAGUUUUCCCAAAAGGCGUUAACUUGCAGACAAAUAAAAAAUUAAACAUACAAUUAUUAAUAAAACUGACACAAUGAUAUUAAUGCCAACACUAACGAAAACAUUACAAACGAGCAAGAUGAACAAGUAUAAUGAAUUACUUAAAAAAGUAUAUAAUAUAUGCAUACAUUCCCACACAAAGGGUAUUUUAAGCCGAAAAUAAAUGAAAGUAGAUGCAAAAACACGCGUGUAGGCUGAUUUUUAAUUUUAGUCCAAAAAAAAUAGUAAAAACUAAAACUUUUAAUUCCAAUUACAAUACAGUUAAAAUCAUACAUCGCGUAAAUAUUAUAUUGUAGUAGAUAAACAAAUCGUAAUUAAGUUAUUUUAAUUUGUAGGCGCGGUUAGAAGAAAAUUUAUUAGAAAACUGAUUUAUUUCUUUGACUUUGCUCCUCUUGCCGUUGCUACUAUGCAAGCUAUCAGCUUCUUGUGUGCUAAGCUGUAGUGUGCUUCACCUUUGCUCGUUUUUUUAAUAUUUACGUUUGAGUAUUUAUUAUAAAACUCUUGCCCAUUAUUACUUUUUUUUUUAAAUAAUUGUCAAAAGUUAAUAAUUGAGAAAUUUGUAAUCGAAACAAUUUUUAAUGUGUGAUGUUCAACGAAUAUUUAGAACUAAGUGUGUCUGUCACUCCUCUUACUUACUCCCCUCUCUGUGUGCACAAAUCAGUUAAAAAUGGGGAAUGUGUACAUUACGGUGGCCGUUAUUUCCAAAAUUGAUUGUUUUGUGUUUUUUUGUAAACGCCAUCUGAAGUUUCAGGUAAAAAUAAGGAUCGUAAACAAGCAUUUUCAAUUGAAACUACAUACAUAUGUCUAAGUAUAUUUUUUUCCAAUGUACAAAUAUGUAUGGCGGAUUUUUUGAUAUUUUGAAUAAAAUAAGUAAGCUUACAACUGUGAAAAAGGGAUAUUCUAAUUCGAAAUUUUCCCCUUCACGAAAAAAA